AUGGCUUUCAAAUUUGUUGUACUCUCAGCUCUAUUGGCCGUUGCCAGCGCCGGUUUGCUGCAGCCCGUCACCUACGCCCACUACGCUAAUCCCGCCGUCGAUGCCGUCGCCUCCAGCCACCAGAACGUCGUACGCAAUUUCGAUGGAACUGUCUCACAGUACUCGAAGACCAUUGAAACUCCCUACUCCAGCGUUCACAAAUCGGAUACUCGCGUCAGCAAUAAUGUAUACACUCCUGCUGUAGCCAAGACUGUCACUUACGCAGCGCCUGCUGUAGCUAAAGCGGUCUAUGCUGCUCCAGCUCCAACCGCUUACUAUGCACACUCCGCUCCAGUUGCUAAAACUCUAGCCUAUGCGGCGCCAGCUGUCGCCAAGACUGUCACCUACGCUGCACCUGCUCCUGUGUAUCAGCACGAGGUACCUGUUGCCAAAACUGUGACGUAUGCUGCCCCAGCUGUUGCGAAGACUGUGUCCUACGCUGCUCCUGCUCCCGUUUACCAUCAUGCCGCACCUGUCGCAGUGCAUUACUCUCCAGCUGAGACUUCCUCUCACAUGAGCUUCGAUGGUUUCGGCACUCACUGGGGUUGCACCCACUUCAAGUACUUAGCUCAAUCAAAAGCAAACGGACAAUCAACUAAUUUCAUAGAAAUGGCUUUCAAAUUCGUUGUACUCUCAGCUCUUUUGGCUGUCGCCAGCGCCGGUGUGUUGCAGCCCGUCACCUACGCCCACUACGCUAAUCCCGCCGUCGAUGCCGUCGCCUCCAGCCACCAGAACGUCGUACGCACUUUCGAUGGUACUGUCUCACAGUACUCGAAAUCCAUUGAAACUCCCUACUCCAGCGUUCACAAAUCGGAUACUCGCGUCAGCAAUAAUGUCUACACUCCUGCUGUGGCCAAGACCGUCACUUACGCAGCGCCUGCUGUAGCUAAAACGGUCUAUGCUGCUCCAGCUCCAACCACUGUCACCUACGCUGCUCCUGCUCCAGUGUAUCAACAUGAAGUACCUGUUGCCAAAACUGUAACCUAUGCUGCCCCAGCUGUGGCAAAGUCUGUCGCCUAUGCUGCUCCUGCUCCAGUUUACCACCAGGUAGCUCCAGUUUAUCACCACGAGGCUCCAGUUUACCACCAUGCAGCUCCUGUGGCCACCACCAAUAUUAACCACGGAUCAGCUGCGACUACAUACACCCACAAUGCUCCCGGACUGUCCGGUUAUGGUUCCAGCCAGACAGUGCACUACUCACCAGCUGAUACCGCUUCGCACAUGAGCUUCGAUGGUUUCGGUACCCACUGGGGUUGGUAA